UAUUCUGUGAUUCAGUUGUGAAAUAAUACUCAAACUGCAAAGUUCUCCAUUGAGUCGGAAACAUGUUGAAGCUGGACACCAACGGAGGUAUCAUCUGCACGGGCUUUUUAUCCAUUGCCUUUGCCAUAACCUAUUUGGCACUGAUGGACGAUUAUUUCUGGAGAAAUGGACUUUACGAACUGGGGAUACACAUUUCUUCUCUGCAAAUAUUAGGCAGCGUGUGCCUUCUAAUAGGAGCUUUUAAGCAAAAAUACAAGUUCUUAGUGCCGUGGAUGAUAACCACAGGGUUCUUCAUGUAUCUUAUGGUUUAUGCGAGCAUUACGACGUUAACCAGACUUGGAGAUUGGAUCUUCAUUCCGACGAUGUUGCUGCCGUUUACAGUUUAUCUUGGCUGUGCUUUGUACUCGGUGCAAAAGGCUUUCGACAGGAUGCGCAAGGACAUGCCCCCAUCAUACUCCAAUUUGUCCGCCGAAAAGGAUAUCAUACAUCAUAUUUAGGCUUAUAAAACGACUUGUCCAAAUAAAAACUCAAAAAAUAUAAGUUGAAAAUAGAA